AAAUCCGAACAACGUUUUCAGCUUUCUCUAACUAUCGAUCUUCAAGAUUUCAAAGUCAUGCCUUGUUCUUUCUGUGUAUCGAAGGGAUUGGAGUGUAAGAUGAUGAAAAGUACUAAGCAGUAUUUCUGUUAUAUUCGUUGGAGUUGUUCCUGCAAUGAUUCCGAUAUUCCAGUAAAUGCUUUAUCUCGUAUUACUAUCGAACUUGAUUGCUUAGAUCGGAAGGAGUUAGAUGCGGAGGAAGUUCUUUUCAAGCUUCAGUCCAAAUUGGAUGAAGCAAUAGCCCGCUUGAUGCGUUUGCAGAAACAGAAACGUUCUCUGCAUAAUUGUAGCGCGAAGAUAAUUAGUUAG